CUUUCUUACCGGGUAACAUUUUCUGUAACGCAACACGGAAGUGACGGCUCGCUUUCGUAGAAAGCGUUGUUUUGCUACAUCUUCAGCUACUUUUCAGCCAAGAAGACACCUGUUUUACAGUCAAACUUCACUAUGUCUUCAGAUUUUGAAGCCUAUGAACAGGACUUUGGAACCCUGACAGCAGAAAUAACCAACAAAAUUGGAAGGAUUCCCAAAUUAGGUGGAGAGGAGAAGACACAGCUGGUUCUAAAUGUCGACAAACAGCUCGAAGAAGUCAGAGAGUUGAUGGAGCAGAUGGAUCUGGAGGUGCGUGAGCUCCCCAUCCAGAUCAGAGGCAUGUACCAGAGCAGACUGAAGAGCUAUAAGGGGGAGAUGGAGAAGCUGGAGAAAGACUUUAAAAGGUCACGUAUCGCCUACAGUGAUGAGGUGCGGAACGAGCUCCUGGGGGAAGACGCUGGCUCCUCUGAGAGUCAGUUGAUCAAGUUACGUGAAGAGAGAGCACAUCUGUUGGACAACACAGAGAAGUUGGAAAGGUCAUCUCGGAGGCUGGACGCAGGCUACCAGAUAGCAGUGGAAACCGAACAAUUGGGCCAAGAGAUCCUGGCUAACCUACACACCGACCGCGAGAAGAUCCAGAGAUCCAGAGAUCGGCUGAGAGAGACAGACGCCAACCUGGGCAAGAGCUCCCGCAUCCUAACCGGCAUGCUGAGAAGGUAAGAGGCAGAAUCAUCCAGAACAGAGUCCUGGUCUUCGUCCUCGGCGCCAUCAUCCUCAUCACCAUCAUCCUGGCUAUCUAUUUCAAUGUGCGAGGGCACUGAUCUCCCUAAUUCUCUCUCUCUCUCUCUCUCACACACACACACACACACACACACACACACACACACCAGGCGUGAUUAAUAGCGACAAAAGCAUUGCUCUGGAGUAAUUAGGACAAAUGGUUCCAAUGAAUCACUCUUUCCAGGCCAUGACAGGGGUCUCUCUCUCGCCCUCUCUCUCUCUCUCGCUCCCACAGUUUUUGUUCUAUUGUUUUUGAUAUUAUUCAUGGUGUUGUCACUGGACUGUUUGAUUGGGAGAUCCAUCUUUUCCCUGGGUAGAGAGAGCUUAUGGGGAAUUCAAAGAGUUUAGAUGUAAAUCCUGCUAGUGUUGUUUAUUCACUACUUCCAUGGUCUAACCUAAGGUGUCCGCACUCCCUUUUCUAUGUAUGUGUGUUUGUGUGCGUGUGCAAUUUAAGUUUAUGGCAUUGUGAGUGUGUGUGUGAGGUCUUGCCUAUCUGUACGCAGGGCUUUUCUCUCCCUCUUUGUCAGACCAACUUUCAAUCCAUCUAGUAUAUUAGGCACUAGACUCAACUCUGAUUAACAUGGGGGCUUACUACAUGCGUCCACAGUCACACACAGGCUCCAGGUACAAAGGACAGUACCUUCAAAUAAGACUAUUUCCACAUGGUUGGGCUCAAAUAUAAGAUAUACAUUCGUAAAUGGAUGACGUAUCCGCCUUAUAGAAAACGCAUGAAAAGGUUUGCUUCUGUUUUUACUCAAGGAAGGAGACCCAGAGUUUGAUUUGUCCGGCCUCUUCACAAUACUCACUCGUAUCAAUGAUAUCUGACUGUGAGGGAUCUCAACAUUGUCCAGACUCCAUGAUCUUUUGUUCAUACACACAUGACAUUAAUAUAGAAUUGGUUGUAGUAGUCCACAUACUGCACUAACUGGCAAAUCUACAUAAAUGUACGCAGAGAAAAAAAGGCGUUUUAGGUUUUUCAUAUUACCAGUAAUUCUGUUACUAUUUAUUUAUAUACAUUGUUUGAGAAUUGAUGAUUUAUUUUAGUUGAUUAUCAUUAAGUGUACAUUUUAUGGAGUCUAUUGUAAACGUAACCUGACGCAGACCAAUCGUCUUUGGCCAGCGAAUCACAUGAUAUAUAUAUAGUUCGUAUUUCUCCAGGACCAGUUCAAUCAUGGAUUGCUUUGAUUGUGUGUGAAUUCAGACUUAAGUCAUUUUUAAUAUGAAUGAAAUUGCUCUGUUGUCCUAUCUAAAUGUUUUUGUCUUAUUUCUUCUGUUUUGUCCAGAGUUGUAAUGAAGAACAUGUUUAUGUAGAGCCUUUAACCCAAACAGCUUCAAGCUGAUAUGUUGUUGCAUGUUUUUACCAACUCCCAGUACUACGUGUGUUUCAGUCCAGUUUGGAAGGGGAAUGCCAUUCUACUGUAGGUGGACAGAGUUAAAAUUGUUGUGUUUUAUGUGCAAAAUAUGAGAGGCGCUGCAAAGGGA